AUGAAUUCCUAUCUGCUCAACAGAGCCCUCGGGUCUGUCACACCGAAUGCAUUUCACGUUGCUCAAACCUCUCGGCUAGUGCACCAUCUCGAGCCUGCACCUGGCAUUCGCUUCUCUAGUGGCAGCGCGGCAGCUCGAUCUCAAGAUGACGCGACAGCUUUCGAUCAGGAGUUUGACCCUUUGACUGGAGUUUUUGCGCACAAGUCUGGGGUCAAAUGCCUGGCGGUUGAUCAAUUCGAAGGUCGAUAUAUGAUCUCCGGCGGCGCAGACCCAUCCAUUCAUCUUUGGGACCUCGAAAGUAGAGGCUCAGAGCUCGAACAUCUUCAUCGAUCCUGUGCGACAGUUAGCAAAUCCUCGCAUACUGAUGCGCAUACACACGCGAUCACCUCGCUCUCGAUCUACCCAUUUGAUCCUGUUCCAUCAACUAUAUUCUCGACCUCCCAUGAUGGCACCUUGAAGCUUUCCGCGUUACAAUCUCCGGCAAUAACUCCGGUGCAUACAUUUAGUCUUGACUGCACGCCGUACGCGCACUCCUUCUCGUCCCAGCCCGGCUCAACUCUACUUGUUGCAGUUGCCACAUCGGAGCAAUCAGUACGGCUCGUGGAUCUACGAUCUGGACUUUCUACUCAGGGCUUACCGGGACAUACUGACGCCGUGCUAUCAGUAGCUUGGGCUCCGCACAGACCCUAUCUACUUGCAUCGGGUUCAGUCGACAAUCGAGUUAUCAUAUUUGAUGUGCGACGCGGCGGUCACAACUCAGCGAUAGCAACACUGGACAUGGAUGAUCCAGUCGGACUUGUGGAUCCGAACUCCGGAUCUGUACCAGAAAAAUAUGAAUGCCGUCCGGCCUUUUCCCGUCAUGCCCGCGCCCAUAACGGUGCCGUAACUGGCGUGCGAUGGACAUCCAAUGGAAGUCACAUAGUCACCACCGGACAGGACUCGCGUAUCAGGGUCUGGGAUUCUGCAACGGGUGCAAACACCUUAGUCCAUUUUGGACCCCGUGUGCGCAACAGUGCAACAUCUCACCUGGCAGAGCGAGCGCCUCUCCUGAUUCCCAAGAGCUGUAUGGGCCCCAGCCAAGAAACACUCCUGUGGCCAAAUUUCAAUGAACAAGAUGACCGAGGCGAGAUCUUCAUGUUCGAAUUCCGAGAGGGCAAAUUCAUCAAGCGUCUCCGUGUCCCAGGCCUUCUAGGGACACAGUCAGCCCGAGGUCGAUCUAACGCACUUGGAGCAGCGCGGAUUAAUGACCUAGUCUGGCGUGGCAAUGGAGCCUCGGGGGAAGGCAUAGAGAUGUUCUCUGCACACGGUGAUGGAACCAUUCGUACCUGGGUAUCUCGGGAACCGGAUGGAGAACCCACCGAAGAAGAUGAGGUCGAGAUCGCGGACCGCAAGAGGAAACGCGAUGUUCUCGCAGAAGUAUACCAGGGGUUUCUUGGCCCAUCCACUCCUACAAGCUAUACGUGA